AUGGGCUUCCAGCCUGCAGCAAACGGCAUGGCGACGGAACCACUGGUCCCCAGCAACGACGGCGAGCGCCCCCUCACAGUCCUCGUCACAGGCUUCGGCCCCUUCCAAGACCGCUUCCCCGUCAACCCCUCCUACGAGAUCCUCAAACUCCUCCCCUCAACCUUCACCUGCCUGUCCGGCGAAAAGGAGAUCCAAAUCAUCGCCUACCACCACCCCAUCCGCGUCAGCUACGAGGAAGUCCGCCGGCUCGUCCCGGUCAUCCACGCGUCGUAUCCUCAAGGCGUCGACCUGAUCCUGCACAUCGGCAUGGCGUCCGGCCGGACCUUCUACACCGCGGAGCGCUCCGCCCAUCGCGACGGGUACGAGAAGAACAAAGACGUCGACGGUCAGACGUUGGCUGCCGACCACGGUCAGACGUUCUUCGGCGACUGCGACCCCAUCCUCCGGACAUCGCUGGACUACGAACGGGUGCUGCAGCGCUGGAAAUGGAAUCUCCAGAAUGUCCCGGAGUCGUCGGCGGCGUACGGGGCGGAUUGCAGGGGAAGCGAUGAUGCGGGGCAUUAUCUGUGCGACUACAUCUACUUCAACAGUCUGGCGUGGCUCGCGCGGAAUCCGACUCCGCGUGCUGAUGGGGCGGCGAAUGAGCGCCCGGUUAUGUUCUUGCAUGUACCGGCCGAGAGUGACCCGCGGAUGCUCUACAAAGGUAAAGAGGUGGCGUUGGCGCUGAUAGAGGCGAUGGUGGAGAGCUGGAUUGAGUCGACGGAUGCGGAGAUGGUGUGA